AUGUGGAAAGCUGCGGUUCUGGCUGUGUGUCUGCUGGUGGCUGGAGUUCAGCCCAUUGACAACCCAACAUACGGGGUGAAACUAUGCGGCCGAGAGUUCAUCCGGGCGGUCAUCUUCACCUGCGGAGGCUCACGCUGGAGACGGUCACUCAGGAGCUCAGAUAUUUCUGACGACCCCUUCGGCUCCCAUCAGGACGAGUCCUCGGAGGGUCCUGAGCUGGAGAGUUUCCUCAAGAGGAACAGAGACCUGAGCUUCAUAGCCGGAGAAAACCACGAGGCAGUCUUUAGCAGACCGGCCCGUUCUUUCAUCAGCGAGGAAAUCCUGGAAGCUUUACGCAAGGCUGACCGUAAGGGCCGGGAUGUGGUGGUAGGCCUGUCCAACGCCUGCUGCAAGUGGGGCUGCAGCAAGAGCGAGAUCAGCUCCCUGUGCUGA